CAAAAUGAUGUAUGUUCAAAAAUCCCGCGAUCUCGCGGCGCGGAAACAAUCAAAAUUUAAAUACAUUGGCGGUAUUGUCAGUAUUCAGUCUCGUGUCUUGUGAGUGAAGUACCCUUAAAAAUAAUAUGACUAGUGACUGUUAAAUCCCUGAGAGUUAAUAGUCACGAUAAUGAUUUGUUUCAAUGAUUGUAGACAUUAUAAAUACCAUAGAAAUAAGGGGCAAGUAGCAGAUUGAAAAGCGAGCUUAUAUUGAUGCUUGCAACGUAUGCCAAUAGAAAAUGAGGCCAGAUUGGGCAGAAACUGAGUCGAGUUAUGCCGGCGCUUAUUGGGUAACUUCAGGGCCACUGGCAAUCUACUGAAGAUAUGCAUUUGCCUGUCAAAGUGCAAUUCGUUACCGCAGUUCUUUAGUACAGUUGACAGUAUACCGAACUCUGUGAAUCCCCCCGCUACCAUAUUCUGAAACUACAUUUUAAGUUUAUCCCACGCAAGCGUCGUCAUUUGUUUAUCUCUCCUAUUUGUGUUCACUUUGUGUUUUCCUGUUUUUUAUCUGUUUUCACAUUCGUGUGGUUCUUUCCUCUUAAAACUGACUACAAAAAGAAGCUGACAACUGUUGAGCUCAGAGUAUGACGAAGAAACAAACGUUAGUAUUAAACUUGCGAAGAUACCCAAACCGCCCUUGGGGCAUUCGCAUUGCUGGGGGUGCUGAUUUAAAUACACCGAUUGUCGUCACCCGUUCUGAGAAUGAUGAUCUCCGAAAGGGUGACGUGAUCAAGAAAAUAGAUGACUAUGAUGCUCGUGAUUUGAGGCACGUGGACGCCCAGAAUUUACUUCAAAACUCAGAGUCUGUAAGACUAGUCGUGGAAAGGUCUGAGCUGUUGACAAAUCAUCUGUCAUGCAAUCGAUACACUUCACAGUCAUCGAUUGUCGAGUCGAUCUACUCAAACGACGGGGCUGCAUACUUUAAUUUGCCCAAAGAAACACAGCCCAAAGUUCUACCAAAAAGUCCAGUUCCACCAUUGAUGUCACCUCGUGAAUAUAAAGCCUUUUCACCGAAUCAUUUUGAUCCACCCAAAGAACAUAUUGAAGAAGUUCAAGAAGAAAGAUUUUAUUUAUCUCAGCCCUAUCGUACAACUCCAUUAGUCUUGCCAGGAGCAAAGAUUAAAAAGGAUGCACCAUUAGGUGAAUGUUAUCUACGCCAUCAUCCAAAUCCAAUGAUCAGAGCUGCCCCUCAUCACUAUGAAGUGGCACAUCCUGAGGUGGCGAUGAAACAAAAAGUGGCAGAAUCGGUAUUGCAGCGUGUCUUGGGACCGAAUGAAGUUCCAAAGGUUGUCCAUAAACAAUUCAAUUCACCAAUUGGACUCUACUCAGAUCAAAAUAUUGCAGACACAAUAAAGUGUCAAACGUCGGCCAUUCCUGCAAAGAAGCCGAUGAAGUAUGAUCCAAGCAAAAGUGAGGCCUACAAAGCUCUUCAAGAAGAGGAAAUGGAUGAAGUACAUGAAGUCAACCAGCCAACACGUGCUGGUGUUUUUGCACCUCAAAAGGCUCAUCAUAAUAGAGUUCACUAUGCUCCAUCAAAAAGUCCAGCCUCGUCCUACGGUGGAAUGUAUCGUCCCUUUCCUCUUCCUUUCAUAAAGGAUCGUGUCAACAGCUACUAAAUUUUACCAUCAAUUGCUAGUGGUUAUGAUGAAGAUGGAGAAAAAAUUCAUCAAAGCAACAGCUUCAAAAGGAUUAUGUACAGCGUGCUUGGAACAACGGAUUAUUAAAUAAUUCAUUGAUCUUAUAAAUAUUAUUUUAUGAAAAUUAAAUAUAUUUACUUAAUUGUAAUAUGC